AUGGAGUCCCUUCUCGAAUGGUUUAGCGGAGGUAUGAAUGAAGAAGAUCAAUCAGAUCGUAUCGGUGAUGCAUCUGCUUGGGACGAGGCUCUCUGGUAUGCUCAAGUGACGCUUAAUUCCGCUGUUCGUGCUUCUGGUGCGAGUGCCCUGGAGAGUCGAAUACUAGCCCCCUCCGCAGCACUAUUGGGUUCCAUGACCCAGGCCAAGGAGUUCGGGACGGAGAUGGACGGCGCCACGGUCGAUGUAGACCCAUCGACGACGGACCCCGUCCACAUCAAGGAAAGAGUUCGCCUUUUGGAUCGUGAACGACUCACGGUGCUGGAGACUCGCUUGCAAGAUUCAGCACGAAGAGUGGCAUCCGGAAGAGGACCUACGAAGAAUAUCACGGAUCUUGAGGGCGGAACAUUGGUGAUAUGGCGUCGACCAGGUGCACUGGACGUCGUGAAUCAUGUGGUGAAGGUUCAGACGGUGAACGUCAACAGCGGUCCUUUUGUCUACUUGGGCCGCAUGGCGGGGUUUUCAAUACGACUCCGACCUCUGGGGGUGACUUCCUGUGAAACUAUCGCCGUCUCUCCCUGUCACCUGGAGGUGAGGCGUGAGGAAGUGGACCGUACCCGAGCCACUCCGGCGGUUGAGGGCACUGUGGACCCUGCCAAGCUAAAGGAAGGAGAUUGUGUACUGGUUCGUUUGGUAACGGGUGCGGAUGUUCUGGGCUUGUAUGCGGGGCCUAGUGUAGAGGAGCAGAAGACUGAAGGUUGGGUUCACAUAUUGGACAGCGAGGACGGUCGACGUUUUUUUCGGGUGGACUUGAAUGCCGAUGGUACCACUCUCAUGGCGGACGCAGCGCCGGAAGGUGCUACUUGA